CUAAUUUGUUUUGCCCCCCUCCCGCAGCUACUUCACUAUACACCACGACAGCCACAACAAUCUCCUUUCCAUAAAAAAGCUCAUACUACGCUCGAGACGCUACACAUACUAUCCGAAAUCAUGGUCCGCCACAAGAAGGACUUCAAAUCGGGCAAAAAAUACUCAAACGCGCCACGAACAAGACCCCCACCUCGCCCCCGCGGCUCCGACGACGAAGGCUCCGGCACCGAAGGCACACAGGCACGCAAAGCUCCUAAGCCCGCAUGCUGGGAUCUAGGUCACUGUGAUGCAAAGCGGUGCUCGGGCAAACGUCUGAUGCGCCUCGGCCUGUUGCGCGAACUCCACGUGGGCCAAAAAUUCGCCGGCAUAGUCGUAAGCCCCAAGGGCAAAAAAGUCGUGAGCCGCGACGACAACGACGUCCUCGAGCAAUACGGCGCCGCGGUCGUCGAAGCGAGCUGGAACCGCAUCGACGAAGUUCCCUUUGGCAAAAUCGGCGGCAAGUGCGAGCGUCUCCUGCCGUACCUCGUUGCGGCGAACCCGACGAACUACGGGAAACCGUGGAGGCUGAACUGCGUCGAGGCGAUCGCUGCUACGUACUAUAUCUGCGGGCAUCCCGAUUGGGCGGAGGACAUCCUCGCGUCUUUUAGCUAUGGCGAGGCAUUUUUGGAUAUCAAUGCUGCGCUGCUGAAGCGGUACUCCAACUGCGAGAACGAAGAGCAGAUCAAGAAGGCCGAAGAAAAAUGGCUAGCCAAGCUCGAGAAGGAAUACAACGAUAGCAGGGAGGAGAAGGAAGAUGGUGGUGACGAUGACGCGUGGGCUGGCGGAAAUAUGAAUAGGCGGCAAAUCGACUUCUCGUCGGACGAAGACGACGAUUCAGACGAGGACGGCGAAGCCGGAGAUGGAGAAGAUGAUGGCGAGCAACAAGAUGCACUCGCGAAGCAAAACCCAUACAACCUUCCCGAAUCCUCCGAUGACGAAGAGGAAAUGGCCGAGCUCCGCCGCCGCGUCCUCGCCUCGAAACCGUUUGCGAAUCCAAACUCAAAAGCCGACGACGACAACGACGACAAUGACAGCGACGAUGACGACACCAAAAACAUCGACUCCAAGAAACCGUUAAAGCGCCUCCCCAAAACCGAAACUCCUCCACAACCUCACACCGGGAAGAAAACGGCCGAUGGAGAAGAUACGGACAGCGAUGGCGAUAUCGACGAUGUAGACAACGACGAGGAAUUCGACUCCUUCAUGGCUGCCCAGCCGACGACGGAUCGGACGGGGAUUGCAGGGAAGCAGCGACAGAAGAAAUUAGCCGCGGCGACGUUUUCGAGUGCGUCCUUGAAAGCACCGAGUCGGCGGUCGUAG